AUGUUUUUUCUCAAUUCUUUCUGCUUUCUACUCCUCUUCCUCCUUGGCGUCCUUUUCCCCACUCAUUAUUUCCAUUUUUCACUCUUUCAAGCUGUACGCCUCCUUCUUUACUUUAUUUUCCAUCUCCUCUUCUUACUCGAGUCAGUAAUCCACCUCUUCAUAUUAUAUCCCAAUUUCUCCAUGUCUAUUCCUCUUUAUUCGUCUCUAAAUUUUUUUUCCAUCUUCUCCUUGUCUGCAAUUUACCUUAUUUUCCACCUACUCUCGUUCAACUUAAUCUCUAUAUUAUUUAUACCUUCUUCCUUUCUGCAUUUUCCUCUAACUCCCACUACAGUUUAUUUUCUACCAUCCCAAUCCCCCACCACUCUCUGGACAUUAUUUUCAAUCUCCUCCCUUUUCUCCUUCUCACCCAAAUCCCACCAAAUAUUAGUUAUCCACCUCAACACCUCCUCCUUCUCCUCCCUAUACAUAUUAUUUUUCACAUCUUUUCCUUCCUAUUCCUCCUUAUCCAACUCCUGCUACCUCGUAUAUUCUACCGUCUCUCUUUUCUUUUUCUCAUCCAACUCCCCCUAUAUAUUAAUUUUCACCUCCUCCUUUUACUUUUGCACGUUCAACUCCAUCUGCAUCGUAUUUUCCACCUCCAACCUUUCCUCCUACUUCAACUUAUUUUCUGUAUUUUUCUCUUGCUGA